AUGGCUAGAGACGUAAUGCAUUCCAUCGGUUACCCCCCUGAACCCACCAGCUUUGAAAUAGACAUGGACAACCUCAGCGUAUCAAGUAGCGAUGACGAUGACGAAGUCAUCAACACUCGUUCUCGAAGCGCCUUCUUUCAGAGCUUCCCGCAGGACAUCUCUGCUCAACGACCAUUGAUCAGCUUCGUCACAAAUAAAUGGGAUACAUCUCACUCCUCGAGGGGCCGAUCAUCCUCCUCCGCCUCGUCCACUUCAUUUGAUUGGCACCGCGUCCCAUUGCUCGGAUUCAUAGUCUCCGUCGUUAUGGCACCUAAAUUCAGACGAUAUCUCGUCGUUUACGCUAUUCUUUUGAUGUCCGCUUAUACGGGGUGGGAGGCGGUUCUGCAACCGAUGAUUAAAGAGCAUGAAGAUAUCCUCACGUCGCUCAAUGUGGAUACAUUAGAGAAAGUCGGCGGGUGGUUUGGGACCAAUGUGCGUCCGGAAUUUGUCGAUGUUGUGUCGAUGAGGACUCUCAAUCCUGCUUUACUGCCAAGUCUUGAGAAGAAGCAGGGCAAAUCUAGUCGGCGACUGGUUAUUGUUGGCGAUGUACAUGGGUGUAAAGACGAAUUGGAGAAACUCUUGAAAAAAGUCUCUUUUGAUCCGGCUGGUGACCAUCUUAUACUUACCGGUGAUAUGAUUAGCAAAGGCCCCAAGAGCGGCGGCGUGGUGGACCUUGCACGUGAACUCGGCGCUUCAUGCGUACGAGGAAACCACGAAGACCGCAUUUUGCUUGAGCGCUCAGACAUGAAACUCCAUACCAAUGAAGUAUCUGAUCAGGAAUAUACCGUUGUGUCUGACACGGCUGAGCGCAAGGUAGCCAAGUCAUUGACUGAUGAGCAAGCCGCAUGGUUACAGGACUGUCCUGUUAUAUUGAAAGUAGGAGUGAUCAAGGAUAUGGGCGAAGUGGCUGUUGUGCACGGUGGACUUGUUCCCGGUGUACCUCUGGAAAGACAGGAAUUGUCGAGUGUAAUGUCAAUGCGAACCAUCGACUUGGAUACCCAUGUCCCAAGCUCCAACAAAUCUGGCAUUCCGUGGUUUAAAGUCUACAACCAAUAUCAUAAACUCCUAGCUUCAGGUCAAGAAGAGGUUGACUCCUCCGUACUACCCAAAACCAUGACUGUGAUAUAUGGACACGAUGCCGCCAAAUCACUCAACAUCCGCCAAUAUACCAAGGGUUUGGAUUCCGGGUGCGUCUACGGCCGAAAAUUGAGUGCGCUCGUCAUCGAGGACGGCGGCAAGAAUAAAGUCGUGCAGGUGAAGUGUGACGAAUACGUAAAAUCCUAA